CGACACGAACGCCGGCAUGGUCGACCAAAGCAGGCAGACAUAGCCUGACAUAACCUAACACGGCACAACAUACUCCCUCGUGCCCUUUCUGUCUCUUACCAUCUGCACUCGCCGCCGGUGACAAAGGCUUUGCUCGCCGCUGCGCCGACCGACGACGACGAUUAUUAUCAUCGCGCACACGACCGGGCGAUCGUCAUGGCUGGGCAACCCCCGCCGCCGAAAGACCGCUCGCACAUGCUUGGCCAACCCAUCCUGCCCAUCCGCCGCAAGUCUCUUGCGACCGGGCCCGCACAGUCGACAUCAUCAUCGCCAUCGCCACUCCAAGGGCUUCAACCGCCGCCCUCGCCAUCCGCAGCCACGCUCGCCGCCAGACGGCCCUCCACCGCCUCGACAGCCUCGACCUCCUCCCGCUCCUCACGCACCUCCCGCCGCGCCUCGCUCCCCCUCGGCCGCUUCCCUCCCGCCGCCACCUCCACCUCCUACGCUCACGCGCCGCCCUACUCCCAUUCCUCCUACUCCUCUUCCUCCUCCUCUUCCGCCAUGAUGCUCCCCGACACCACCGAGCUCUACUCCGGGCUCGCAAAGUACACCUUCGGUGCCGCCGCCGCGGGAGGCGAUGGAGGAGGAGAAGGAGGCGACCCGUACGACGCGGAGAACGAGACGGAGCGCGACCGCGUCGGUCCGCUGGAGGGCGGGAGCCGCUCGUCGCCGACGCUCCCGCCCCACCACCACUACCCCAGCCACUCGAAGCGGAGCAGCGCGGAGCGCACGCCGAGGGCGUCGAUCGCGUCCGUGACGUCCACCAUGCGGCGCUACUCGCUCGCGUCGCACACGCGCCGCCGGCACAGCCCGCAUCGCGAGGACGACGAGCGCUCGGGGUCGGACGACGAGGAAGAGGAAGAGGAAGAGGAAGAGGGUUCGGAGGGAGAAGACGGGGGGUCGUCGGAGGCGUCGCGCCGCAGGAGGGGGACGGGGACGGGGGCGGGGAAGGGGAAGGGGAAGGGGCGCGCGACGUCGUCCUCGCGGGAGAGCGAGAACAAGAGCACGAGCGACGAGUUUUUGAGCUCGGACGGGGACGGGGACGGCGAGCUCGAUACGGAUAUGGACGAGGUCGAGAUGCACCUCAGCGCGUUCCAGACGGGCAGGUUUGCGGACUCGGACGCGGCGAGCGUGAACACGUUCGGAGGAGGAGGAGGAGGAGGAGGAGGAGGAGGAGGAGGAAGGGGGAUGCGCAGGCCGGCCGGCUCGCGCGCGCCGUUCGUGGGCGAGGUCGGCGUCGCGUUCAACAGCGGCAUCUUUGGCGCGCAGCAGGCUCCGCCGGAGGGUUACGCGCCGUCGACGGCGUCGGCGCCGCCGUAUUAUGCGCGCAGGGGGAGUAUCCCGAUCGAUAUACCGGUCAGCCCGACGGACACGUCCGCGAUGGGCUCCGGGCCGGUCGCGGGUGUGGCGGGGAGGACGGGCGGGCCGGGCGUGGGGCAGGAUCCGCAGAGGGAGAGGGAGAGCCUCGCGACGCUCAGGAGGCCGUCGCGCUCGCUCGACGACGAUUUGAGGGCGUAUAACCUCGCGCGGGCGACCGCGGGCGAGACGCAGUGGGGGCGGGUGGAGGUGGGCGCGGGGACGACGGGGACGACGGGCAUGGGCGCGGGUGUGAGCACCGCGCUAGGGGGAGGAGGAGGCGGGGCGGGAGAAGGGGGCGAGGCGCAGGAAGGGGCGGCGGCGGCGGCGGACGAGGCGAGCUUCGGGUUCGAUAUGAACUAUAUCUUGGACGGGGUGAGCACCGGGCGGAGGCCGUCGUCGAUCUACGCGGGCGAUCGGGCCGGCGGGGGCGGGGGCGGGUUUGGUGGGUUCGGCGCGUUCGGCGGGUUGUGGGGAGGGGGUGGGGGCGGGGACGACCGCAGGCCGUCGACGGCGACGGUGGACGACACCUUCCUGCGCCAUGUCACCUACCACGAUCCGGAGUAUAAGCAGGGCCAGCGCGAUUGGGCGUUUACGCGCGAGAAAGCGGAGGGGCAGAAUCCGGGGGUGGGGGUUGAGCUCGGACCGAGUCAUCGGGCGGGGAGUAUCGCCGGAGGGGUGACGGGCGUGCAGAGGAGCCAGGGGAGGAUGACGAUGACGGUCGGGACGCAGGAGAUUUGGAGGUGCGCGUAUGUUGGCCGGUUCAAGGUCGACCGGCUGCUGCUCAAGGAUGCGCACGGAGCAGUGGACCCGACCAAGCCCGCGCAGCAGCGGCUCAGCAUCCGGCACAUCCCCGACCCGUACUCGAAGGGCAACACCCGCGGCGGGCCGGCGAUCAUCGUCCACAAGCACUCGCGCGCGAACGCGUUCUCCGUGUUCCGCGCGUACGACCUCAUCCGGUCCUCCGCCGGCGGGCGCGGGGUGCAUAUGAACACGAGCACGAGCAUCCUCCUCGCGCCGCGCAAGGUGCAGCAGCAGUACACGAGCACGCGCACGACGAGCAAGCUCAACUCGCACGGGUUGCUCGCGGAUCGGCCGCCGGCGGAGGGGGCGCAGACGGCGAGCGCGGGGAGCGGAGGGGGUGUGGGCCGGACGAGCACGAGCAGCAGCGCGAGCGGGCAUGGGUACGGGUUUGAGGGGAGGAGGAAGAGCACGAGUCGGCAGAGGAAGGAGAGGGAGGAGCGAGAGCGGAAGGAGCGCGAGAAGAGGGAGAGGAAGGAGAGAAAGGAGAGGGAGAAGAAGGAGAAGAAGGAGAGGGAGAGGGAGAAGCGGGAGAAGGAGAAGGAGAAGGAGAAAUUGAGCACGGGCGAGAGCGAGGGCGGGUGGAAGUUUGCGCGGAGGUACUCGAUGAAGAAGGCGGCGACGCCUCCGCCUGCGACGACAACCCCGCCUCCGCCUCCGCCGCCGCCGCCAGUGGCGAUGACCCCACAGCCGCCCCCGGCCCAGCUUCCACCGUUGCCCUCAAGCUCGUCCUCGACGACGGCCUACUCGCCGCCGGCCAUCAGCGUCUCAUCCGCGCCGAGCAGCUCGAAGAGCUCGUCAAUGGAAUACUCGCAACCCUCCGUCGCGUCCUCGCAGCAGUCGUUCCAGCAGUCGACGUACGCAGGUUCCCUGCGCGAGCGCGAUGAGAUCGAUCUCGACGAUGACGACGAUGAUCUCGAAGGGCGCCAUUACCACAAGACGAGCCACGCCGAGGCGUUCACCGCGCUCGACUCGAGCACGAUCGAGUAUAUGCGCACGCGCACGGAGAGCAGCAGCCGGCACGAAGACGGGACGAGCAUCGGCCAGCGUCUCAAACGCGCGAUCAUCGGCCCGAGCGGGAGUAGGAGCUCUGGGCGCGUGCAGGCGCCGCCGCCGCCGGCGAGCGCGGCGCUCGAGGGCAAGUACGACCCGCCGUGGAUGACGAUGGCGCCCCGUACGAAGGUGGAGGAGCACGAGCGCGUGCUGCACCACCUCAACGAAUCCUUCAAGGACGUCGGCCUCCUUCCAAGCAAGCCACCCAAGUCGCGCACGCCGCGCGACGCAGCGGCACCACGGCGCGGGAGUCGCACCGACGCGGACGUGUUUGAAGGCAUACCCGACGACUCGCUCUACAUGCUCCUCCCGCUCUGGCCGGGCGAGACCGACGCGCAGGCGCCGGCCGAGCCGCCGGUGCACGUCCCCGUCGACGAGCGGCUGUACCUGCUCGUGUACUACACCAUGUUCGAGGACAAACCGGGCGAAGACGGCAAGAAACGCGCGCGGAUGCCUCCGCCGGCUGGCGGCGGCGGCGGCGGCGGCGGCGAACACGUGCGCUCGCGCUCGCGCUCGAGCAUGAGCCAGAACAUCAGCGCCGGGCGGGCGUUCCGCGCGUCGGCGCGCAUCGUCUCGUACGACGACGUGCGCAGCUCGGGCAUCCGUCUGCCGGCGGAGGGCCUCGCGGUCACGGGCGCGCUGUCGGAGGCGCGCGCGAACGCGCCGCCGCGUCCGGCGGAGAAGGAGCGCAUCGCGGAGGUGAUCGCGUACUGCACGAGGCGCGAUCAGGGCGUGUUCCUCGUGCCCGAGGGCCUGCUCAAGCUCGGGCUCUGCCUCCCGCUCGACACGGUCGACCAGACGCCGCCGCCGGUGGAGGGGUUCCAGGAGCCGGAGUAUCCGCAUGCGGGCGUGAUCAACAUCCCGCCGCUGAACCCUAUAGGGCGGGCGGCGGUCGAGAUGGCGUGGCUGGGGUGCAUGGCGCUGUCGAGCUUUGGGGGGGCUUGAUCAAUGGAUCAGUAGGGCUUGUAGCAACUGUUUCUUUACGACAUUUUGUACGAGGUAGUCCGUGUUCUCUCUGGGUUAUGGUACGUAACAUCAAAGCGGC